AGCAGGACGAUGGUGCUUGUCUCUGUCAGCCUUGAUGAGGAUUUAGAUUUACAGUAAGCUGCCUUGCUCAGUGGCCUGUGAGGAUGUAUGGUGAUGGAGAGGCCACCAUGUGGGACCGGGUUGGACGACCACACCGGGACUGCAUGUGCUACCUUGGACCUCCUACUACUUUGAUGCCGAUCGGGAUGCGCAAGUCUCCCGACGUGAGCCCCAGAAGGCUUUCGGACAUCAGCCCUCAGCUCAGACAGCUCAAAUACCUGGUGGUGGACGAGGCCAUCAAGGAGGACCUCAAAUCCUCCCGUUCAGUCGAGGACAUCAACAGCGCAUCCAUAGAGGAGCGAAUAUUACGCAUCACAGGCUAUUAUGGAUAUCAGCCUUGGAAUGCAAGCUACAAGAGAGAAGACCGCACCAGGGAGAAUGUGGUGGGCACUACAGAUGCACAGUUGUCCGUUGGUGCAUCAGGAACGGAGUCCGGCUCCAACAGACGGAGGCUCCACUGCUGCAUCAGAGUAACCACGGUGCAGGUCCGAAAGGCCCUGUGGGGAGUCGCCAUGGUGAUGUGCGUGUGCUCUUCCUGGGCAGGCUCCACCCAGCUGGCCAAACUGACCUUUAAGCAGUUUGAUGCCCCCUUCACACUCACCUGGUUUGCUACCACCUGGAACUGCCUCUUCUUUCCUCUUUACUACAUCGGACAUCUGUGCAAGAGUCCGGAGAGGCAGACACCCAGACAGAGAUUCAGGGAGUGCUGCAGGUUUUUUGGGGAUGACGGACUGACACCAAAGGUGUUUUUCACCAAGGUAGCACCAUUUGGCCUGCUGUGGAUCCUCACCAACUACCUGUACCUGCAGGCUCUCAGGAAGAUCAACACAACAGACGUGUCAGCACUGUUCUGUUGUAACAAGGCCUUCGUCUUCCUGCUCUCGUGGAUUGUACUCAGAGACCGCUUCAUGGGGGUUAGGAUAGUAGCUGCUAUCUUGGCCAUAGCAGGCAUUGUAAUGAUGACCUAUGCUGAUGGAUUUCACAGCCACUCUGUCAUUGGCAUUACUUUGGUCGUGGCCUCUGCUUCGAUGUCAGCGCUCUACAAGGUACUCUUCAAGAUGGUCCUGGGCAGUGCCAAAUUUGGAGAAGCUGCACUUUUUCUGAGUAUUGUUGGGAGCGCCAACUUUGUUUUCAUCAGCUUUGUGCCGGUUAUCCUGUAUUUCACACAUGUGGAGUACAUCGGUUCGCCUGAAGACAUCCCCUGGGCGUACAUCUGUGGGGUGGCGGGCCUGCUGUUUGCUUUCAAUGUCUUGGUAAACUUUGGCAUUGCCAUAACCUACCCAACAUUAAUCUCCCUUGGCAUCGUCCUAAGUGUUCCUGUAAAUGCCAUGGUGGACCUCUACACGUGUGAAAUUAAUUUCAACACUGUUCGCCUCAUUGCGGUGUUCAUCAUUUGCCUGGGAUUCCUCAUGCUGCUGCUACCAGAGGACUGGGACCAGUGUAUUAUCCAGCUCAGCACCAAGUUACGUAAACGGGAUGAACCAGCGGAGGCGGAGGCAGGUGCCACCACCGGGCUCAACUGGAGAGGCAGAGCCAGGACCUCCAUGUCGACAUUUGCACAUUGACUUCAAGAACGAUUAUCAUGCAAACACAGUCACACACUCACAGGAAAGGAGACACGUUAACACAUAUUAGUGUUGAUGCUGGAACUUUUGAUUACCAUUACCUGCCUGGUGCCCUGUCCUCCUCAUGCAACCCCCACCAGACGAAGAGAAAAUUUUUCAGACUGGCCUUUAAUCUGUCUCGGCCAAGAGGGGAAGUGCUAGAGGCAUAAAAUACCUACCUUUUAUUUGUUUUCUGUCCAUUCCACUCAGAAAUACCCCGAGUCUGUGCAUGGACUCUUCUCAAUUGUAAACCUCACCCCAAAAAAAUGAUUGACUCAACCAUUAAUUUUGCUUCACAUCUUAAUCAUUCCAUCGGCUCAUUACGUGUCUUGCGCCUGAAAAGAUUUGCCAACUUGCCUGAUAUUUUUCAGUUCUGUUUAGGCAGGUCUAACACACUUUGAACUUGCUGGCUUUAACAUGUACACAUUCACACACUUUUAAGAUCCAAAGAAGAAUGCCUGAAAAUGCUGAAUGCCUGAAGACAAAAAAAAAAAACAAAAACAAAAGGGAGGCCCACAGUGGCGUCCUUCAGGUGUACAGACUUCAUGACAAAUACCUGCCUUUCGUGCACUGUACAUAGCUGUAUUUCACACCUCGGAUGUCCUAGAGCUGUAGACCUGAUGGGCUCAUCUGCUGUGAGGGGACCUGUCCGGAUAUCUGAGGAUCAAUCAGAGCUGAAGAAGCUUUCACUAUGCCUCUCUCUUCUCAACCAUAGAAGAGGGAUGUCAGGGCCUCUUUGACCACGCUGAUUGGCUCCCUGUGGCUACAUGCUCUCUUGGGGCUAAACCCCAACCUUGUCAGUGCUGACACCCAUUGCUCAGGCCCACGCUUUUGCCACGAGAGACCUACAACCAGUACCCUUUUGCAUAUGCUUACAUAUCUUGGGAUGGUUGAGGUUUUUCACAGCCUCUCUAAGUAUCGUGUGCUUUCAGUCCAUUUACGAAGCACUCACUUUUGCUUUUGCUGAGACACUAGAAGCAAAUUGUGUUAACAUUUAUUUGUUAUCUUGCAAACAAUAACACAUUUGUUUUUAAUCUAUCAUCCUUUUACAGUGCGAACUAACUGAUAUAUUACAUGUAAACAGUGUAAUGUGAUGGACUGAAAGCACAGCUAAUAAAACAGCCAGGCUUCAUGAAAUCUUGAAAUUACCCCUUUAACUACUUCGAAACAUCAACCACCGCUAUCACUGAGCCUCCCUCUGAAUUCCAGUCACAUUUAACCUUAGAUUCAUAUGCACACAAACAAACUGCAGCAAUUACAAUCUAAUCAGAUGAAAGCUGUCUCACCGUGGCUCAAAGAGGGGUGUGAUGACAGAUGAGAAUGACUCGCAUUUAUCAAGCUCUGCUCAGUCAAAAACAACAGAAAGGUCUUGUUGUAUCUGUUUUGGUUUAUCACACGUCUGAGGCAAGUUAACACCCGCGAUGAACCGGAGAGCAACUGAGGCACAAGCCUUGAAGAGCAACUGAUAGAAACUCUGCCUUGUUGUGAAUGUAUGAACAUCACUAAACCACACAUGCUCUCGACGAUACGUGCUAUUUGAUUUUUACAGUGCCACCACUGACUGCUGCAGAGAGACUCUUUAAUACUAUACUUCUUCUACUCAUCUGACCAAGUUGCAUUUUUUUGAUCAAACUCAUCGUAAUGGACUUUUUCUAUUUUUGCAUUUGGUUGCCGACUAACCUGAGGGGACAGUGAGUGACAUCUACAGGACGAGCAUGCACAUACAGUAUGAGCAGAAACUGCUGACAAAUCCACUUCACUGCCUUUUCUUUGUUUUGCAAUAGAGUACAUUAGCACUGUUUCCCAUUGUCAUUCUUUAUGACAAUAAAUGAUAAUAUUGUAUUCCUCUGGAAUUAUUGCUAGACAUAAAUGUAAACCUUUGUAAGGAAUGAUGAUUUUUACACUAAGAUGCAACAUAUGAUUAUCACAUUUGACGAAGAAGUAUUUAGAACGUGAAUAAAUGAUGGGUUUAUUAGAUCUACUGUUGGCUGUCUUCAAGUGUAAUCACAUGUACUAUAUAAAAGAUUUCUUUUCAAUACA